AUGGCAAUCGGCCACCGUAGAUCUCUGAUCUCGCCUCCACCGUCAACGGCGGAACUCCACUCAAAGUUCACAAAGCUAGUCUAUCGUCAUGAGCAAUUGAAGAUCUCAUAUCAGCAGCUGAAGUCUCAAAUCAACACCGGUUUGCUUCAAGCAGAAGAAGUGUUUGCCUCUUUGGCGAUUCCGUUGAUGAAGCUUGUUGGUUUAAAAACUGUGGAAAUGGUUAAUGAAGGAAGGUUCAGUACAAUUAUAAUUGAUGAUGAUCUUAAUCACAGGAAUGGAUCAGUUCCUGGUGGAGCCAGAGAUCGAAAUGGUCAGAUUAGUGCAUUUGAGGGAGAAAAUUUUGCUGCUAGAGCUGCCAUAGCUGGCAAAGAACUAGUAGAAAAACGAAAGAUGCAAUUUACACAACUUGUCAAACUCCUUAGACAAAUUGAAACCCAUGUUAAUUCGAGCCAAGAUGAAAUCCUCCAGAACCUUGAUAACCACCAUGGCUUCCUCAAAACAUUCUUUCAGAAAUCCAUAUGUUUAGUGUCCACCCUUGACAGUGAAAACCAUGACACUGUUGUCAUCACAGUAAAUCUUCUCCAAGCCAUAUUCCACCAUGUAAUUACAGUGCUUGGAUCAGUAAAGGAUGGUGUGGAGGACCUAAUACAGGGAUUAUCACAACAAAUGUGUAAUCCUAUGGUGGAAUAUGUUAAGGGCCUCAAGGAUGAUAUGAAGAAUGGAACGUGCAUGCGCUUAUUGGCCAUGGUGGAUGAGAUGGAAAAAAAGAUGAAAGAUGGCAGGGUUGAGUUGGAGGAUGCAAGGAAGAAAGUGAGACUGGCUGAAGAGGGGAAGAUUGAAGCUGCAUGCAAGCUGAAUGAAACAAUAGAAAGAGUGAGGAAAAUGAAGGAACAGCUGCGCUCCCUUUCUGAAGCCAAAAGAGGGCUUAUAAAAUCUUCAUUUUCCCAAAAGGUGCCGGCUUUAGCCACUCCAACUGAUCACUCUGCAGCUAUUUCGUUUAGAAAGGAUGGCCAGGAAGAAAACCAAACAAAAGAUGACAAGCUAUUGUGGGAGAUAUUGAAGAAGAAAAGAAAACAUCAAGUACCAGAGAGCCCGUUGAGACCUGAAGUGCUUUCGUAUUUUAGUUCCACUAAGGAGCACCGGAAGUCCAAAGGGGUGAGGCGAGCUGGGAGAAGCUGUACAACAGGGCUGAGUCCACAAACUCCAUUCUUGAAUGCUCUGAUUCCUUUGGGUUCGUCACCUUCAGCUGUAAAUCAACCAGUUGUUUCAUCGAGGCACAUUGCUCCCUGA